UGUUUCCAAAUUUUCUUUAUUCCACUUAUAAUAACUAGUAGUUUCUUGAUGAAUGAAAUGAACUAGAAUACCUUGCCCAAAAAAUAACAACUAUCCCCACAUUUGAAUAUUUCUCCAACGUUAUCCUUGACUUCCUUUUAGUAAAGAACAUUAUCCUUUUAACCACCACCGUUUUACUAGACUACUUACAUGUUGUCUAGUUCUUCUCCACCUAUUAUAUUAAUUCACAAAAGUAUAGUGCUGAGAGAGUUGAUAAUUGAGAUUGAAUUGAACCCACAAAAAUAUCAAAGAAAACAAAAUAAUUUCAAUGGAGUCUAAUCAAAAACCUCAUGCUGUAUUUGUUCCAUUUCCAGCACAGGGUCAUAUCAACCCAAUGAUGCAACUAGCCAAACUCUUCCGUUGCAACGGUUUCCACAUAACCUUCGUCAACACCGAAUUCAACCACAAACGUUUCAUUAGAUCUCUUGGAUCAGACUUCGUGAAAGGUCUCCCAGAUUUUCAAUUUGAAACCAUACCCGAUGGUUUACCGGAAUCAGAUAAAGACGCAACACAAGAUGUCGAACCGUUGUGUGAAGCAGUUAGAAAUAACUGUUAUGCUCCAUUGAAGGAGCUUGUGAAAAAGCUCAACACUUCAUCAUCUCAUAUUCCAGUUAGUUGUGUAGUUGCUGAUGGGCUUUCGGGGUUUGCUGCAAGAGUAGCGAAGGAUUUGGGGAUUCGAGAGUUGCAGUUUUGGACUGCUUCUGCUUGUGGAUUUCUUGGAUAUUUGUAUUUUGAUGAACUUGUCGAAAGGGGAAUUCUUCCAUUCAAAGAUGAAAAUUUUGAUGUCGAUGGUACCUUGGAAACAAGUUUAGAUUGGACUUUAGGAAUGAAAGAUAUUAGACUAAAAGAUCUACCAAGCUUCAUAAGAAUCACCAAUCUAGAUGAUAUUAUGUUUAAUUUUCAAGGAUCUGAAGCACAAAAUUGUUUGAGAUCGUCAACAAUUAUAAUUAACUCAUUUGAAGAAUUGGAAGGUGAAGCUCUCGACACCCUUAGGGCUAAAAACCCAAACAUAUAUAGUAUUGGUCCCCUUCACAUGCUUGGUAGGAACUUUCCAGAGAAGGAGCAUGGUUUUAAGGAGAGUGGAUCAAGUUUGUGGAAAACUGAUAGAGAAUGCAUAAAAUGGUUGAACAAAUGGAAACCUUUCUCUGUCUUAUAUGUUAAUUAUGGAAGUGUAACUGUUAUGACAAAUAAUCACUUGAAGGAAUUUGCUUGGGGGAUAGCAAAUAGCAAGUUACCAUUCUUAUGGAUAAUGAGGCCAGAUACAGUAAUGGGUGAAGAAAUUACAUCCUUACCACAAGAGUUUUUAGAUGAGGUCAGGGAUAGAGGAUACAUAACUAGUUGGUGUUUUCAAGAUGAAGUUCUUAAUCAUCCAUCUGUAGGGGGAUUUUUAACUCAUUGUGGUUGGAAUUCUACACUUGAAGCUAUUUCUUCAAGUGUGCCUACUAUUUGUUGGCCAUUUUUUGCUGAGCAACAAACAAAUUGUAGAUAUUUAUGUAACACUUGGAGAAUAGGGAUGGAAAUUAACUACGAUGUGAAAAGGGAUGAGAUAACAGAAAUUGUGAUGGAAAUGAUGGAAGGAGAAAAGGGAAAAGAAAUGAGACACGAGUGCUUGAAGUGGAAAAAGAAAGCUACAAAAGCUACUAACUUGGGAGGAUCGUCAAACAAUAAUUUUCAUAAGUUAAUCAAAGAGGUUCUUCAUCCCAAUGUUAUUUGAAUUUUAAAUAUCAGUCUAAUAUAUGAAUUGUGUUUGGUUUAGAUGUAAUAUUUAUGUUAUAUUACUUUUAUUUAAAAUAUUUUCAUUUCGUAUUAUUGUAUUAUGAAUGUUAGCUCUUAAGACAGAUAUUAAAAAUAAAAAUUUGAUGAUUUUUGUA